AUAUAACUUUUUUUGGACUUUUCCUGAGUUUUUAAUGUCAAAAUUUCGUUAAAAAUACCACACAAUAAUAAUCAUUUUUGCAUUUGAACGCUUCAUAUUUCCGACAUUAAGAAUAUACAUAUGUACACACAUGUACAUAUGUAUGUAGUUAAUGCGGUUUCCUCCUGACGUUACACUCUACCACUUCGAACAAAGAACUAAUACAUCUGUACAUAUACAUAAACUCUUAGACUACCAGUUAUAAUAAUUAGAAUACUGACACUACUUCCCUUAGAAAUGUAGGUUGAAAGGCACAGAGUCAGUAAAUCUUAAGGUGUGACUUACUGUAAGCUCGUUACUAAAAGACCAAGGGGAUUUACUCUAAGUAUUAUCUGCUUAUCCAUAUUAGUAAAUUUACGUGGUAACAUAAAUUUAGCAAAGAAAUUCCCUAAUUCUAAGCAUGGUACCCCACAAGAAGCGUAUCAUCUCGACAAUACAACAACGAGGCUGGUGGAGCAGCAGAUGUACAAGCAUUGGCCCCAGGGCGGCAUUCCUCUAUGGCGGGGGAGAUCUGCGGAUAUGCAAUGUAAACAGUUAGAUUUUUUUGCCCAUCAAGCAUAGUUAUGAGAUUCUAAUGAAUUUUGAACAGCGACUCGACUAAAAUUCCGAUCCAACAGCAGCAGCAGCAAGAACAGCAGGAGGAGCAAUUGGACAUGUGUGGGUUUUUAACACAAGUUUUACAAUGAGAAAAUUGAAGAGGAAACAACUGGGAUUGAUUUCAACUUUUACAAUGCGUGCAUGCUUUCAAGUACCAUCAAAAUACACAUAAGCCAGGAGCUUUCGCUCAAUUUCGGAAUCUGUUAAAGAGAAUGAAUUUCACAGCGCGCAAAAUCACAGUGUCACAACGGUCUCUUAAGGUACUGUUAUUUUCAACAUCAAAAAGAGAAGGCUGUUUUCUCUUAAUGAUGCUACUGACGGUGCUUUUGCUCCUGCUUAGAGAGUUGGGCUACUAGAAGGAAAAGAGGCCAUGAUGGUGUUGUAGAUGUCUGCUGCUUCUACUGUUGUUCUUUUCCUUGGAACCAACGCUGCGGAUGCUGCUUUGUUGGUUGUUGUUGUGCUGGUGCUGCUGGUCAUACAAGAACUGAUUUUGUUUUGGCUUAUCAUGUGUAAAUCAGUUUAACUACUGGUAAUGAAAAGAAUAGAGCUAUUUCUAAUGGUAAAAUCGAUCGUUGGUUAGCCGCUAUGGUAAACGAUAGAGCUCAGGUGCAUCAUAGUUUUUAAAAGGAAACUAACAUACACUCUCUGCAAAAGGUCAUUUGUAAAGAUGCGACAGGAAAAGAGUGUACUUGUUAAACGGACAAGUAAUAUAACUCUCGUUGUCUUGGUGAUCUUGUCUUGGAGUCCAGUGGCACAGCUUAAGGGACCGAGCAGCACGCACGCCCAGGACACUGUGUCUGUUUCGCUGCCGGGAGACAUUAUACUUGGCGGUCUGUUCCCCGUUCAUGAGAAGGGUGAUGGUGCUCCAUGUGGACCAAAAGUGUACAACAGGGGAGUGCAACGCCUGGAGGCUAUGCUGUAUGCAAUAGAUCGUGUAAACAAUGAUACCAACAUACUUCCGGGUAUAACCCUCGGGGUUCACAUACUGGAUACCUGCUCCAGAGACACCUAUGCUCUGAACCAAUCGCUGCAAUUUGUGCGUGCUUCGCUUAACAACUUGGAUACCUCUGUUUUUGAAUGUUCAGACACAUCUAGCCCGCAUCUGAGAAAAAAUGCCUCGUCGGGUCCCGUUUUUGGGGUAAUUGGCGGCUCCUACAGCUCAGUGUCAUUGCAAGUAGCCAAUCUGCUGCGCCUUUUUCACAUUCCCCAAAUCUCGCCGGCAUCAACCGCUAAAACGCUGUCAGACAAAUCACGCUUCGAUCUGUUUGCCCGAACUGUGCCCCCAGAUACCUUUCAAUCCGUCGCACUCGUUGAUAUAAUCAAGAACUUUAAUUGGUCCUAUGUAUCUACAAUUCAUUCAGAAGGCUCUUACGGGGAAUACGGUAUAGAAGCGUUUCAUAAGGAAGCAACUGAGCGGCACGUGUGCAUAGCUGCUGCUGAAAAGGUACCAAGUGCUGCAGAUGACAAAGUCUUCGACUCCAUUAUCAGUAAGCUGCAGAAAAAGCCGAACGCUCGCGGUGUUGUGCUUUUUACGCGGGCUGAAGAUGCGCGCGGCAUUUUGCAAGCAGCGAAGCGGGCCAAAUUGACGCAGCAGUUUCAUUGGAUUGCUAGUGACGGUUGGGGAAAGCAGCAGAAGCUUUUGGAGGGUUUGGAGGAAAUAGCAGAGGGUGCUAUUACCGUAGAGCUGCAGUCGGAGAUCAUCGAGGACUUCGAUCGCUAUAUGAUGCAGCUCACACCAAGGACGAAUCAACGCAAUCCCUGGUUUGCUGAGUACUGGGAGGACACAUUCAAUUGUCUGUUGACACAAGCGACAGGUCUAAAUGCACCCGGUAUAAAUGCAAGCGCUAUGCAGACCCAGCCCGAAGCAAAGACGAAGCAAUUUUGUGACGGAAGCUUGCGGCUGUCCGAGAAAGUUGGAUACGAGCAGGAGUCAAAGACGCAAUUCGUUGUGGAUGCAGUGUAUGCAUUUGCGUAUGCACUGCAUAAUCUACAUAACGACCGUUGUAAUACACAAAAUGAUGAAAAUACCGAACAGCAAAAGCAUCAACACAGAGAAACUGUGUGGUAUAGGAAGCCGAUUGACAGUAAGUCCCAGGCAUGUCCCGAAAUGGCCAGCUAUGACGGAAAGGAUUUCUAUAACAAUUACCUGCUGAACGUGUCAUUUAUAGAUCUGGCAGGCAGCGAAGUGAAGUUUGAUCGCCAAGGUGACGGACUGGCUAGAUACGACAUUUUAAAUUAUCAACGUCUUGAGAACUCUUCAGGAUAUCACUAUAAGGUUAUCGGCAAAUGGUUUAAUAGUCUGCAACUGAAUUCGCAAACAGUUGUAUGGAAUAAGGCGGCUGAUCAACCAACCUCAGCCUGUUCCUUGCCAUGUGAGGUUGGAAUGAUUAAAAAACAGCAGGGAGAUACUUGUUGCUGGAUAUGCGACAGCUGCGAGUCAUAUGAGUACGUGUACGAUGACUUUACAUGCAAAGACUGCGGCCCAGGACUCUGGCCAUACCCCGAUAAACUUUCGUGCUUUCCUUUGGACAUUCAGUACAUGCGAUGGAACUCCCUCUUCGCCCUCAUUCCCAUGGCCAUUGCCAUAUUGGGAAUUGCAGUUACCAUCAUUGUGAUAGCUCUGUUUGCCAAAAAUCACGAUACGCCCCUGGUCAGGGCGUCAGGUCGGGAGCUUAGUUAUACACUUCUCUUCGGUAUUUUGGUGUGUUACUGCAACACCUUUGCUCUAAUCGCAAAGCCAACAAUUGGCUCUUGCGUUCUUCAGCGAUUUGGUAUUGGCGUUGGGUUUUCUAUUAUUUAUAGCGCACUGCUAACAAAAACCAAUCGUAUUUCACGCAUUUUCCACUCUGCUUCCAAGUCAGCCCAGCGCCUCAAUUACAUCAGUCCACAGUCACAGGUGGUCAUAACGGCAUCGUUAAUAGCAAUACAGAUACUUAUCACAAUGAUAUGGAUGGUAGUGGAGCCGCCUGGAACUCGCUUCUACUACCCAGACAGGACGGAGGUAAUACUGAAAUGCAAAAUACAGGAUAUGUCCUUUCUAUUUUCCCAGCUGUACAAUAUGAUUCUGAUAACAAUCUGCACCGUGUAUGCAAUUAAAACCCGAAAAAUACCCGAAAAUUUCAACGAAUCAAAGUUUAUUGGAUUCACCAUGUAUACCACUUGCAUUAUCUGGCUGGCCUUUGUUCCCAUUUACUUCGGUACUGGAAACUCUUACGAGAUACAAAUCACCACCUUGUGCAUUUCUAUAAGUCUUAGUGCUUCAGUGGCACUAGUAUGUCUCUACUCACCAAAGGUAUACAUCCUCGUCUUCCAUCCGGACAAAAACGUGCGCAAGUUGACAAUGAAUAGCACCGUAUAUAGACGAUCGGCCGCAGCUGGGCACCCCAGCUGCUGUACCACUCCUGGAAUACCAGCGCCAUCGGCGUCGACAAGCGACCGGCCAUCGCAAAAAAGCCCAAGGCAGGACCUGAACUUGGAUCAAAGCCAAGGGGACACUGUUCACAGAGGCAGUGCCAACACCAGCCAAAAUUACGAUCCAGUUCCAGAACCCGGGGAAUGCGACUAUUCUGAGCCAUCCUGUAUCCGUGUUAAGGACUAAAACUCCAGUCGUGGAUUCGUGGAUUUAUUUGAUCGAUUUAUAAAUAAAAAUAUCCAUAAUGAUAGCCGAACUCAACAAUUAAAAUAUACAGCUUUCGCUGGGAGAAAUUUUAAAAUUGGAUUAGCUUUGAGUCUGCUACAUCGAUAAAUAAGAUUACUCGUGCAUAUGUUGUCAGAAAUAUCAAACCAAACACUGAUGAGUGGGCCUAGUGACCCAUGCAGCUAGUCAAACUAGUCAAACUACCAAUGGAAUGUAAGAUUCUUGUUACCGCGGAACUUUUUUUAAUUAAGUUUUUAUAACCUAUUAUCUAUUAUUAUUC